AUGACGAACUGCCCAGAGGACGAGAUAGGGCUGCUUUCAAGCUGCCCGAAUUGUGAAAAACAACCGGUCAACAAACCUCCUCAUCGAACUAGAGCUUACUGGACAGUCACAGCAUUGGCUCACACGGGGUUCUUCCUCCUCACGCUAUUAUUCUUCAAUAUUUUUGUUAAUUUGAAGAAUCCGCUCAAGCAGCCGGUUCAACCUUCACCUAUCGACCACGAUAAACAUCUCAUUGGCACUUUUGCUUCUCCCAUGAACAAUCAUGCUUCCUACAAAAUCGAAUCUCACACUCCCGAUGAUUGGAAUGCUCAUCUACUCUUUGGUGAACCCAGCUAUGAAUCGGAUAUUGCCUGGAAUAAACUCAUACGACCAAGAUCAUUUCGUCUCCACCACGAUGAAGCUAUACGUUUGAACCUUACAGAUAGUAUUUUGGCACAGCCGGGGGAAGACUUUGCAACUGAGCUGGGCAUCAUACAUAACCUGCAUUGUCUGAGACGUAUACGCCAGAUGCUAUACCCCGAUUAUUACUACCCAGACUCCCCUGCAGAGGAGCUGGAAUACAAUCGGGUCCAUGGCUUCCACUGUCUUGAAUCAAUCAGAUCGUCAAUGCUCUGCUAUCCCGACCUGAAUCCGCAUCCAUAUUUUUGGUCUGAUAAUAAGUACCAUCCAGUCACAGUUAGUGCAAAAGUGACGCGCCAAUGUGUGGACUGGGAGGGCCUGGUGCCGUUACUGGAGACACGCAAUAUUGACCCUAAGGAGCUGAUGCAUAAUACCGGCCCACCAACGUAA